UAGCAGCUAUAUCAUCUCAUCCUAAGCUAGCUAGUAUAACUCGAUCAAACUGAUCAUCGCCAAUGGCGGUCAAGUCUCUGGUUCUUCUUGGUGUCGUACUAGCCUCGCUCCUGCUUCUCUCCGAGGAUGUAGCAGAUGCUAGAGAACUUACUGAUGCUAAAGAGUCAGAGGAGAAGAAUGUGAAACCUACAAGAGGGCCGGGCUUGACUAAGGAUGAGAAGUGGGGAGGUGGAAACAAGCAUGAUGGAGGAUACGGAAACGGUGGAGGGUAUGGAAACGGUGGUGGAUAUGGUAACGGUGGGGGAUAUGGAAACAAUGGCGGGGGCGGUGGAAACGGUGGGGGGUACGGGAACGGCGGUGGAGGCUAUGGAAACGGUGGAUACCGGAACAAUGGUGGAGGUUAUGGCAAUGGAGGUUAUGGAAACAAUGGUGGCGGGUAUGGUGGAGGAUACGGCAAUUCUGGACAUGGUGGCGGUUAUGGGCGUGGUUAUGGCGGUGGAGGCUAUGGACCUGGAUAUGGUGGCGGGUAUGGCAAUGGUGGUGGAAAUGGUGGGUUUGGUGGGGGAUAUGGUGGUGGCGGUGGAUACGGUGGCGGUGGUGGGUAUGGUGGAGGUUACGGUGGAGGAUCUGGUGGCGGUGGCUAUCCUUGAGAUGGAUAGGUGCAAGAUGUCACAAUGGUUGGAACUAUGGAAACAACCACUAGAUAUGGGUUUAUGUUUUAACUAAGAAUCUGUUGGGUACGUCAUGUGGUUAAAUAAAAAAAUGUUCCUUAUGCUCGUUAUAGGAGCAAGGUCCGUAAGGUUGAGAAGUCAGACGAGCAAGCCAGCCUUGUAUUAUCUCCUAUGUAUGGAAGAGAAGAUGACUUCUAAAUUGUAAGUGGGCUUUGGUUAUUGAUUUUCAUUUUCAAGAA